UUCUCUUUAUGACCAAGUAUCUAAUUUACAAAAGGUAUACAUACAAACUUUAUGAAAGAAAAUGUAAUUGUGAUUUUACAAGAACAUCAAACAAUGGUUUUGGCAAACUUAAAUUGUUUUUAAUAUACUGUAUACAUAUAAAACACAUAAGACAACCUGCCCUAACAUGCCAUUUUAUGGAAAAUACCCUUGUCUUUAAAACUAAAAAAUGUAAAAAAAAAAAAAAAAAAUUUAAAUAAUAAUAAUCCAUCUUCCAAUCCAUGUCUGUACCUAAAUAGACUUUGAUAACCUGUAAUAAUGAAACAAUUUUGUAGGAAAUUGCAUACUUUAUUUGCAACACUGAGGAGCAGAGCUUCACCGAAAGGGGCCAAAACUACAGAAAUAAUAUGAUAUUGGAAUGUCAAUUUAGAGAAUACAACACACAGGUUAUAUCUGGUCGUAUAUCAGCAUUUGUCAUGUGAUUUAACAGCUCAUAUUUCCACUGCCAUGUGAUGGUGCAGAUAUCUAUGAAUUAUAAAUGUCCCACAAUAUGUGUUAAAAAACAAACAAACAAACAACAGGAAUGGAAAACUCUGAACAAAUAAAAUAUUAUUGGAUUUAUUUUGCACCACGUAAUAUUCAGGUUCGUGGUAUUCACAUCUGAUAUCAAAUGAGUCCGAAUAUUCCUCACCUCCAGUGUUGGUUUACAUGCAGCUGGUCUAGUGGGAAGCAGGACACACCCUCAUGGGAAGGUGAGCACACCUUACCAGCUUCUGUAACCUGCUGUUUACAGCAACACAUCUCAAGUUUGUGUCGCUCUUCAAAAUGACCACCGUGAUCAGGGUUCAAGACCGGGAGACUGAGAGUAGCAGACAUAUAAUACAAGAUGAUAAACCUCCCUCAAUGGGAUGCAUUGGCUGGUUUAUUAUUUUUAUCGCCAUCAUUAUCACUAUAGGAUUGCUUCCUGUUACCAUAUUUAUGUGCAUUAAGAUUGUGAAGGAGUAUGAAAGAGCCGUGAUCUUUCGAUUAGGUCGUAUUGUGGACAAGAAACCAAAAGGACCUGGAAUUUUCUUUGUACUGCCAUGUACUGAUACAUUCAGGAAGGUGGACUUGAGAACGGUGACAUUUGAUAUUCCUGCUCAAGAGUUCUUGACGAAGGACUCUGUGACUGUGAGUGUGGACGGUGUGGUGUACUUUCGUGUCUUUGACCCGAUCUGUUCCGUGGCCAACGUGUUCAACGCAGGCCACGCAACACAGCUGCUGGCACAGACCACCCUGCGAAAUGUCCUGGGCACAAAGAGUCUGUCAGAGCUGCUGUCUGACAGAGAGGGCAUCUCAUACAACAUGCAGACUGCCUUGGAUGAGGCCACAAGCGUGUGGGGCAUUAAAGUGGAGCGAGUGGAGAUAAAGGAUGUUAAACUGCCCCUCCAGCUCCAGAGGGCCAUGGCUGCAGAAGCUGAAGCAACUCGAGAAGCCCGUGCAAAGGUGAUUGCAGCUGAGGGUGAGAUGAACGCCUCACGGGCACUGAAGGAAGCAUCUCUGGUGAUCGCUGAGUCACCAUCAGCUCUGCAGCUGCGAUACCUCCAGACUCUAAGCACCAUCGCUGCAGAAAGAAACUCCACCAUUAUCUUCCCCUUGCCUAUUGAUAUCAUUCAGCAUUUCACAUCCAAAAAAGAAUGAAUGAUUCACAAUUCAGAGAAAUAAUGCAGCCUUUGCAAGGAAUAGUUCACCCAAAAAUGAAAAUAUGCUGAAAAUUGACACCCUCAGGCCAUCCAAGAUGCUGAUGGGUUUCUUUCUUCAUCAGAACAGAUUUGGAGAAAUUUAGCAUCACAUCACUUGCUCACCAAUGGAUCCUCUGCAGUGAAUGGGUGCCGUCAGAAUGAGAGUCCAAACAGCUGAUCAAAACAUCACAAUAAUCCACAAGUAAUCCACACAACUCCAGUCCAUCAAUUAACAUAUUGUGAUGUGAUGUUGUUUGUAAGAAACAAAUCCUUAUCCUUAUAUAUACUGAUUUCACCAAAUCUGUUCUAAUGAAGAA